AUGAAGGUCGGAAAGCCAAAGUCAAAGCGCGUACCCGUGCGCCUACGCCACAAGAUUGAAAAAGCGUCGGCGGCCAAGCAGAAGAAGGCAAGAAAGCUCGCAAAGAAGGAUCCAACAUGGCGAAGCAAGACCAAGAAGGAGCCCGGUAUUCCCAAUCUGUUCCCCUACAAAGACAAGAUUUUGGCAGAGGCCGAGGAACAGCGAAGGAACCGAGAAGAAGAAAAUGCGCGCCGACGACAACUGGCAAAGGAGCAGAAAUUGAAUGCCGCUUCUGCUGAAGAUGCCAUGGACGACGACGACGACGAGUUUGAGCAGUUCGAUGCCGAAGGCGACGAGCUACUUGCAGACGACAGCAGCGAAGAUGAGGAUUCGAUGCAGGUGGACAACAAACUUAAUCCCAUGGCCGCCCUUUUGGCUUCUGCGAAGGCACGUGCCGCUGAGUUUGAGAAAAACGACAAUGAUGCAGACGCCAUGCUCGACAGCGAGGAAGAAGACGAUGACGACGAAAGCGGCGGGGUCAGGGUCCGCAAAGACGCAUCAAGAAAGCAGUUUGACAAGGUCUACAAGCAAGUCGUUGACUCGGCCGACGUUGUCCUGUACGUCCUCGACGCCAGAGAUCCCAUGGGAACGCGAUCGAAAGAGGUGGAGCAGGCAGUCAUGGCAGCAGACCGUUCAAGCAAGCGCCUGAUAUUCAUCCUCAACAAGAUCGACCUUGUCCCCCCACCAGCCCUAAGAGCAUGGCUCGUUCACCUCCGUCGCUCCUUCCCGACCCUUCCGCUGCGCGCAUCUAAGCCUGCGCCUAACGCAAAGACCUUUGAGCACAAGGACCUCACUAUGAAGGGUACAUCAGAGACUCUUUUCAAAGCCCUCAAGACUUUUGCAGAGUCACGGCAGCUCAAGCGCUCGGUCAAGGUUGGAAUCAUCGGAUAUCCCAAUGUGGGCAAGUCUUCGGUGAUCAACGCCUUGACCUCAAGACUAGGAGGAAGAUCUGCUGGUUGCCCAACUGGCGCCGAGGCUGGCGUCACUACCAGCUUACGAGAAGUCAAGCUUGACAACAAGCUCAAGCUUCUAGACUCGCCUGGUAUUGUCUUCCCGAAUACUGAAGGUUCCAAGGAGAGCAAAGUACAGCAACAAGCACGACUGAUUCUCCUGAAUGCUGUCCCACCUAGGGAAAUCGAAGAUCCCAUCCCAGCUGUGACACUUCUGUUGAAGAGGCUCUCAUCUUCAGAAGAACUGUUUGCAAAACUCAUGGAGGUUUAUGAUCUGCCCCCGCUACAUACCAUAGGCAAUGACAGGACGACCGACUUUUUGGUUCAGGUAGCAAGGAAACGAGGUCGACUUGGUAAGGGUGGAAUACCCAACAUGCAUGCUGCAGCACAGACUGUCAUCAAUGACUGGAGAGAUGGUCGCAUUCAAGGAUGGACAAGCCCGCCCAAGUACGUUCCUGCCGAGACUGCAACGACAAAGACGGCUCCCGCCCAGAAGGGCGGUCUCGUUGGUGACCAGAAGGAGAUUGUCAAGGAAUGGGCUGCCGAAUUCAAGCUCGAAGGUCUUUGGGGCGACGACUCCAACGACACUGCAGCACCAGAGACCAUGGAAAUGUAA